AUGGCGGCGAUGGCGGUGUGGGCGGCGGCGCGGCCGAGGCUCCGCGGCCGCUUCCGGUGGCGGACCCCGGCCUUGGCGGGCGGGGUGCGGGGCGCGGCGCGGGACGCAGCAGCAGGACGGCAGGACUACGAUCUCCUGGUGAUUGGUGGGGGAUCCGGCGGGCUGGCCUGUGCCAAAGAAGCCGCUCAGCUGGGAAAGAAGGUGGCCGUGGUAGACUACGUGGAGCCUUCCCCCCGAGGCACCAGGUGGGGCCUUGGCGGCACCUGUGUGAAUGUCGGUUGCAUCCCCAAGAAGCUGAUGCACCAGGCAGCGCUGCUGGGGGGCAUGAUCCGAGACGCCCCCUACUAUGGCUGGGAGGUGCCCCAGCAGGUCCCGCAUGACUGGAAGAAAAUGGCAGAAGCUGUUCAAAACUACGUGAAGUCCCUGAAUUGGGGGCACCGGGUCCAGCUACAGGACAGAAAAGUCCAAUACUUUAAUGUGAAGGCCAGCUUUGUUAAUGAGCACACGGUUUGCGGUGUCGCAAAAGGUGGGAAAGAGACUCUGCUUUCGGCUGAGCACAUUGUCAUCGCUACUGGAGGGCGGCCAAAGUACCCCCCACAUAUUGAAGGUGCCGUGGAACAUGGAAUUACAAGUGAUGACAUCUUCUGGCUGAAAGAAUCCCCUGGAAAAACGUUGGUGGUUGGGGCCAGCUAUGUCGCCCUGGAGUGUGCCGGCUUCCUCACUGGACUUGGACUGGACACCACUGUCAUGAUCCGCAGCAUCCCUCUGCGGGGCUUUGACCAGCAAAUGUCAUCCUUGGUCACAGAUCACAUGGCCUCUCAUGGAACCCACUUUCUGAGAGGCUGCACCCCCUUGAGAGUGAGGAAGCUCCAGGACAACCAGCUUCAGGUCACCUGGAAGGAUCUCGCCUCUGGCAGGGAGGACAUGGACACCUUCAAUACCGUCCUGUGGGCCACAGGUCGAGUUCCAGAAACCAGAAGUCUGAAUUUGGAGAAGGCUGGAGUAAACACCAACCCUGAGAGUAAGAAGAUCCUGGUUGAUGCCCAGGAAGCCACCUCUGUCCCCCAUAUCUACGCCAUUGGAGACACAGCGGAGGGGCGGCCCGAGCUGACGCCCACAGCUGUCAUGGCAGGGAGGCUCCUGGCCCAGAGGCUCUGCGGCCAGUCCUCUGAGCUGAUGGACUAUGACAAUGUCCCCACGACAGUCUUCACCCCGCUAGAAUAUGGCUGUGUGGGGCUGUCAGAGGAGGAGGCUGUGGCACGCCAUGGAGAGGAGCACGUGGAGGUUUAUCACGCCCAUUAUAAACCACUGGAGUUCACAGUGGCUGAACGGGAUGCCUCCCAGUGUUACAUAAAGAUGGUGUGCCUGCGGGAGCCCCCACAGCUGGUGCUCGGCCUGCACUUCCUAGGCCCCAACGCAGGUGAAGUUACUCAAGGAUUUGCUCUGGGGAUCAAGUAAGUCCAGAAGAAUGUCGGCCGUUACAUGAUGCUCAGACUGGUGUCCCUCUGAAUGUUGGCAGCAGUACAGUGGAACGUCCACUGUGUUGACGUUGCUUUUAUGUAGUGUUGUCUGUGUUUUCAGCAGAAUGUCUCCUCAGAGGGGCCAGGUUCAGCCAGACAAGCGGCUUUCUUCUCCAGCCAAACCCUGAUAAGCCAGCCACACCGCCUGUCUAUCUAUGGCCAGGCCACCUGGGGGGCAAGAGGAGAGCCUCAUGUCCCUGGCUAGCCCAGGGGUGUCACUCUUUGGGUCUUUUCUACUCAAAAUGAGCAGGGUUGGGUCCCUUGAUCAUGGGGCCCAGCACUCAGGCGGUCAUGAGCAAGGUUUCAGCGUGAAGGGAACUGUGAGAGCCAGCCCCCCGGGAAGCAUUCAUCUGCUGGAGCCCUAGCCAUUACCUGGGUCUUGGGCACAGGCUGUGCGUUGUGGGGCCCAGGGCUUCCUGGAGCCGUCGCUGACGGGGGCUCUGGGUGUGAGUGGGUUAUUCAGGGCAGCUCGGAGGUGGGGCAGCUUGGUGUGGGGCUGUCAGGGGCCAUAGGAUGGGGUGAAACAGAGGGGAGGGACUGAACUCAUAAAGGAGGACACGUGUGCCUCCUGGAUCCCCACUUGUGCUUGGGGUAUAUGGAGGUAGGAAGUCUGAGGACAGGGUGGGUUCAAGGAGCAGGGUUGAUACCCAGAAAAGCUGAUGAUGGAAGGGCUGCAAAGGCCGAGGGUUUAGUCCAGAUGUCCUAGGGAUACCCCAGCCUCCCACAUAGGCAGCAUGGGCCCUCGGAUAGAGGCAUCCCAUCACAGGGCAGCAAGCCUCGGGCCCCACCCUUGCCCUCCUAGCCCUUCACACACACGUCAAGGUGAUCACUGGGCUGUGGGGUCAGGUUCUCCCCAGAGGGGAAGGGCAGGUGGGCCUUGAAGGAGAGGAGAGGAGCCAGGGCUGGGUCCAGGGCUGGACUAACAUCCUUGGAACGUGUGUCUCUGGUCCUUAAUCAUGAGAUUCAUGUUACACCCCAUUCAGUCCAGAGCGACCAUUGGAAGGAAGCCCAUGAACCUGGUAUAAGACUCUGCUGAGUCUUGCCAGAGCCUGUUGUGGGGAGGGCAGUCUACCCUGGGCACAAAGAGAACAGCUGAGGGUGAGCCCUGGAACUUUGCCCACUGACCUGUGUGUGAGCACUGGCAGGCCGGGCUGUCUGCAGCUCCAGCCCUGGAGGUCUCUGUGGCCACUGGGACAGGGAGUCUUGGCUCUCCCACGAAGCCAUCUCUAUCCAUACUCCAGCAUGAUGAUACUUUUGCCAGGACUAUCACUGAGCUUCUGGAACAAUUUCUAGAGUGACCCUUUAAAAUGCAGCAGCCUUUUUAAAAUAAUCCAACUACAAAGGGCUGAUUUCUUUAAUAUGCAAAGAACUCUUAGAAAUCAAUAGUAAUAAUCAUAGGAUGAAUUCUAUAGAAAGAUAGGGAACACGAUAGGCUAAUUCAGAAGAAAGGAAUAUAAAAAUAAGUAAAAAGCUGAUGUGUCUUGAUCAGAAUUUUAAAAUGUAAUGGAAACACCAAGAAACCCUUUUGGUUGAUGAGGGUGUCCGGUAGUGAUAGUUUUCCAGCGUCUGCACAAUGGAGAUGCUGAAGGUUUGAGCAAGUCAGUGGAGUGAUAAGAGUGAUGUUCCAGACAUUUGGAAGGAAGGCCUUCUUUCCGCAUUUGAAAUGAACACACUAGAUGUUCAUGGUGGGAUUCUUCCUACCAGAUAGGCAUCCCGGCACACGUGUGCACAGACAUAAGAAGAGCUGUGUGAUGGGAGUGCCCUGUGGGGUGCCCACAUGCAGUAUGCCAAGGAGUGAACAGUGCAUGGGGAGUGGUUGUUGCUGAGCAUGCAGGAGGCACCUGUGCGACAGGUGCCGGGUGCCAAGCAGAAGAGCGACUGGGAGAGGGAGCUGGGCAGGUGCAGGCUCUGGUAAUAAAAAGUGGGCCCAGGCAGAGUGAGGAAGUGGGUCCCGUAGAAGGACCAGCUGGAGCCACAGCCCAAGCAGAGCUGUGUCUGGUGGGCUGGGAGCAGCAGGAAGCCAGGCUGGAGCAAAUGAGGGAGGGGUCAGGUGGGAGGCAGGCUUGAGGCGGGGCUGCAUGUCCACUGCAGGCAUUUGGAGGGAGAUUGGAUGGGUCCAACAGGUGUUAGCAGGUGUUUCUGGCUCUGGCUGGAGGAAAGAGGGUGGGGGCCAGGGUUGAGAGAUGACUUCUGAGGCGCGCCCCUGUGUGCCACCUCCCCAGAAACAGGGUAACGUGAACAUGUCACCCUGCACUGC